AACCAACCAUUCUCUAAACUCUCAUAUCUCAUCCUUUCCCUCUCAACAACAGCAGCACCAUCAUGGCAGAAACCCACCAAGCUCCUCCUCCUAUCAUCACCCUUCUACCGAGUCCAGGGAUGGGUCAUCUCAUCCCUCUCGCCGAGUUUGCCAAGAGACUCAUCCAAUACCACAAUUUCUCUGUCACUUUCAUCUUCCCAACUGAUGGUCCAAUCUCAUCAGCUCAAAAAACUGUCUUAGAUUCUCUGCCCAAAUCCAUAAACUCCAUCUUCCUCCCUCCGGUGAACUUCGACGACCUUCCCGAAGAUGUGAAGGUCGAAACCCGUAUCUCACUCACCGUGACUCGUUCGCUCCCUUCUAUUCAAGAAGCAUUCAAGGUCUUAACAGCAACUAAUCGUGUCUCUGCCUUGGUUGUUGAUUUAUUCGGUACAGAUGCCUUCGAUGUUGCCAGGGAAUUCAAUGUUUCCCCUUAUAUCUUCUACCCUACCACAGCUAUGUGUUUAUCAUUAUUCCUCCAUUUGCCUAAGCUCGAUGAGAUGUACUCUUGUGAGUAUAGAGAAAUUCCUGAACCGCUUCAGUUUCCUGGUUGUGUGCCCAUUCAUGGAGGAGAGCUCUUGGACCCCACCCAAGACAGGAAAAAUGAUGCCUACAAAUGGCUUCUACACAAUUGUAAGCGUUAUAGAAUGGCUGAGGGCAUUUUCGUAAAUACAUUUGUGGGCUUGGAAUCAAGUGCUAUCAAGGCUUUGAAAGAUGGUUUGUACCCAACGAUACCACCAGUGUACCCGGUUGGACCGUUGAUUCAGAACGGUUCAAGGGAGUCGGCCGGCGAAUCGGAAUGUUUGAAGUGGUUGGAUGAUCAGCCAAGUGGGUCGGUUGUAUUUAUUUCUUUCGGGAGUGGUGGGGCCCUCUCACUGGAGCAACUGACUGAAUUAGCCUUGGGAUUGGAGCUGAGUGAGCAGAAGUUCUUGUGGGUUGUGAGGAGCCCAACUCAGACAGCAGCAGCCACUUAUUUCACUGCAAAAAGUAUCAGUGAUCCUAUGGCAUUCUUGCCCAAAGGGUUCUUGGAGAGGACCAAAGGGCAAGGUUUGGUGGUGCCAUCAUGGGCACCACAGAUCCAAGUGUUGAGUCACGGCUCCACCGGAGGGUUCCUCACCCAUUGUGGUUGGAAUUCGACCCUGGAGAGUGUGGUACAAGGUGUACCCUUAAUUGCAUGGCCACUUUAUGCAGAACAAAAGAUGAAUGCAAAAAUGUUGGUGGAUGGUCUAAAGGUUGCACUGAGGCCUAAAUCGGCAGAAGAUGGAAUUAUCAAUCGAACGGAGAUCGCAACUGUGGUGAAAAACCUGAUGGAGGGUGAAGAAGGGAAGAUGAUAAGAAAUAGAAUGAGAGUGCUCAAGGAGGCAGCUUCUAUGGUCCUUAGUGAAGAUGGAUCUUCAACAAAGUCAUUAUCAGAAGUUGCAAGCAAAUGGAAUGCCAAAGUAAGCAGCACGUGAAGACUUUUUUGCUCUUUUUUUGGGGUUUACUGUCCUUAACUGUCUUGGGGUCUCUACCAGAAGGAAAGGGGAAAAAAGAAGAAGAAAAAAAGUGUACUUGGUGCUAUACUAUAUAGACUCUGUACACUGAAGUUGAUGCUAUUGUGGUUAUGUUAAUUCAAGCUUUUUCUACCAAAAAAAAUUCAAGUUUUGCAUUUA